UGACUACGUGUAUAGAUUUUGAACGUCAAAUUAUGAUGUGAUGUCGAUUGUGUACAUGGCAUAUUUUCAAUUUCUAUGAUUUUUAAUUAAAACAUGAAAUGAAUAAUUAGAUUAUAAGAUACCUUUUUAAGAAUGGCAUUCGUGAGUGCAGUUACUGGUGAUGAUUCCACUAAAAAGUUUAUGGAAGUCUUGCAAAGUGACUUCAAAACACUCAGUUUCGAAACGAAGAAAAAAUAUCCCCAGAUAAGAGAGGCAUGUGACGAAGCCAUAGAGAAGCUGGCGCUGGCAGCCAACAACCCACAGGCCUCUCUGUAUGGUGUGGUCAACCAGAUACUGUACCCGCUGGUGCAGGGCUGCGAGUCCAAGGACCUCAAAAUUAUCAAAUUCUGCCUCGGCACAAUACAACGUUUAAUAGCUCAGCAGGGUAUUGAUGCCAAAGGGGCCCGACAUGUCGUCGACUGUUUGUACACACUGGGACAGGCUGGAGUCUUGGAGCUGAAGCUACUACAAACGGCAGCCCUCCUCAUGACUACCUCAGACUUGGUGCAUGGAGACACACUAGCCAGGACAAUGGUGAUGUGCAUGAGGAUGGUGACGAGCAGCGAAACGCGCGACGUCAGCACGAGUCACGCGGCCGCUGCUACAGUGCGACAACUUGUCGCACUCGUUUUCGAACGCGCCCUGGCUGAGGCGAACGGAACGCUCAAAGUGAACCCAGCUGAUGUAAGACCUCAAACUAACAGCAAGGCCCCUAAAGAUAUGAAGCCCUGCGCGGUGGACGCUUACCUCAUUUUACAAGAUAUAAUCCAGCUGGUGAACGGCGACGCGCCGCACUGGCUGGUCGGUAUCUCGGACGUGCCAAAGACAUUCGGACUGGAACUGCUGGACACAGUAUUGACUGAUUUUUCACCUGUUUUCUUCAAGAUAGCGGAAUUUAGGUUUUUGUUAAAGGAACACGUUUGCGCGUUGAUCAUAAGGCUGUUUUCACCAAAUGUAAAAUACAGGGCAGCAUUCACCGGCCUCCACAUACCUGGUGCCACCGGGGCCGCCGGAGCCGCCAGCCCGGGCGGCCCCGAGCGGCCGCACUACCCCGUCACCAUGCGCCUGCUGCGGCUCGUCCUAGUGCUAGUGCACCAGUACCAUGCCCUGUUGGUGACGGAGUGCGAGAUCUUCCUGUCUCUUACGAUCAAGUUCCUGGAUCCUGACAAGCCGCUGUGGCAACGGGCGUUGGCACUCGAGGUGUUGCACAAGAUGACUAUACAGCCCAAACUGCUGGUAUCCUUCUGUUCCUGCUACGACCUGCGUCCACACGCCACGAACAUCUUCCAAGAUAUAGUCAACGCGCUGGGCGCCUACGUGCAGAGCUUGUUCGUGGCUAGCCAAGUGAACACGUGUGCCAGCGCUCAAGGCAUACCUCAGCAGUCCGGGUUCUACUGGAAGGGAGUAUGGCUUCCGCUCUGCGUCACGUUUGAACCGGGUACCGCCAAGUCCGUAUAUUUAGAAAUGCUGGACCGCAACGAAGCACCCACAAUACAGGACGGCUACGGGAUUUCCGUCGCGUACGCGUGCCUCAUGGAAAUAAUUAGAUCUAUCGCUAUCACUGUUGAAGGGGACGAGUAUUUCAGGUUGCAAGAACUAUAUGCCGAGUUGCCGAACGAAAGCGAAGAGAAGGAAAUUAACUCGAAUAAAAAUGGCAACCACGAGAAAGAAACAAAGAGUGAAACCAAAGAAGUGACGAACAACGAUCACAGCGAGAAUUCCGACCAGAACUCCAACGUGGUGGAGCCGAUUAUUGAAGACGUCGAGGACAAGGAGAGGCAGCUCAAGUUGCAGCUUCUAAAAUCAUCGUGGUGCGGCCUAGUGUGGGGUCUAUCAGUUCUGGCGGAGGCGAGCAUCGGCGAGCUAGAGAACAUUCUGCGUGCCAUACAAACUCUGGCCCGAGUUAGCGGAAAGGUGGGGCACACAGUAGGGCGGGACGCGUGCAUCUCCGCGCUGUGCCGCGCCGCGCUGCCCGCGCAGUACUGCGUGCCGGCGCUCGGCGCGCUGCCGUGCCCGUGGCGGCGCGACGCCGCGCCCCACCCGGACCCCGACCACCGCCACCAGGUCGUGUGGGUCGGCACACCGCUGCCGCAGCACGCUCCUGCAUCAGGUAAACAGGUGGGGCACACAGUAGGGCGGGACGCGUGCAUCUCCGCGCUGUGCCGCGCCGCGCUGCCCGCGCAGUACUGCGUGCCGGCGCUCGGCGCGCUGCCGUGCCCGUGGCGGCGCGACGCCGCGCCCCACCCGGACCCCGACCACCGCCACCAGGUCGUGUGGGUCGGCACACCGCUGCCGCAGCACGCUCCUGCAUCAGGCCAACAGCAAUCAUUCGUCAUGGUGACCUCCCGCCACGUGACCGCCAUGAAGGCCCUGCUGUACGCGGCACAGCGCGACGGCGACAGCAUCCAGCAGGCCUGGCUGCCGGUCCUCACCACCCUGCAGCACCUGGUAUGGAUCCUGGGCCUGAAGCCCUCCACCGGCGGAUCCAUGAAGGCGUCGCGCGCCAGCGCUGACGCCAACGCUGUCAUGAGCACCUCCGCUGUCAUGGCCGACCUGCCAGCGCUGUCAGCAAUGCUGUCAGGAGUGUUCGAGUCCUCAAAGAACCUGGACGACGUGGCGUUACACCAUCUCAUUGAUGCGCUUUGUAAACUCAGCAACGAGGCUAUGGAACUCGCUUAUUCCAACAGGGAGCCAUCAUUGUUUGCGGUCGCCAAGCUUCUAGAAACAGGCCUCGCUAAUAUGCACAGGAUAGAAGUCAUGUGGAGACCCAUCACCAAUCAUCUUUUAGAAGUAUGCCAACAUCCCCACAUACGAAUGCGAGAGUGGGGCGUGGAGGCCAUCACGUAUUUGGUCCAGGCCGCAUUCCAGUACCACCACAAUAACCCGCACCUUGUCAAUGAGGCUCGAGAACGCCUCCUGUUAGAACCUCUAUCAGAGUUAUGCGCUGUCCGGCACUGCGACGUGCGAGCGAGACAGCUAGAGUGCGCAGCUCGACUGCUCCACUCACGCGGGGAACAGCUCGGCGCAGCCUGGCCGCUCAUGAUGGAGAUCAUCUCUGCCAUAUCCUCGCAACACAGUGAGCAACUGAUCCGCUCAGCCUUUCAAUGCGCCCAAGUGGUCGCCGGCGACUUACUGGGCUGCGCCGGCCCGCGCUGCCUCCGCCGGGUCCUCACCGCCGCCGCCGCCUUCGCCCUGCAGACCCGCGACCUCAACAUCAGCCUCACGGCCGUCGGCCUCAUGUGGAACAUAUCAGAUUACCUGUACCACAACCGGGACAAAUUAACAGCAGCACUAGCGAACGACGCGGCCAUCUGUCCCGAGGUGCCCAACCAUGCUGAAUUGCCCCCAUUGGAUAAACUAUGGAUGUGUCUCUACAUCAGACUGAGUGAGCUGUGUACGGAACCGCGAGCACCCGUCCGCCGAGCCGCCAGCCAGACCCUCUUCAGCUGCAUCGGCGCCCACGGGACCUUGCUGGGCAAGCCCGCCUGGCGGGCGCUGCUGGCCGUGCUGUUCCCUAUGCUGGAGCAGGUCCAAAAACAAUCAAACAUAGCGAGUUCAGAAAAAGUGGACACCGGCGAGCACAUACUUAUACAUCACACCAGAAACACGGCCCAGAAACAGUGGGCUGAAACACAGGUGCUGACGUUAUCAGGGGUGUCGCGAGUGUUCCAUUCGCGGUUCCAGCUGCUCGUCACGGUGGGCGAUUUCAACAGGUCUUGGGCAGCCCUGCUUGACUACAUAACCGACUUUGCGUUAAGGAAGAGUCACGAGGUGUCCGUAGCAGCUCUCAAGUCGUUCCAAGAAGUAGUGUCAGCAGCUGGGCGCGCCGCAGAAGCGGACCCCGACAGCGUCCUACAGAAGCGCGUGUGGAGCAGCGCCUGGACCGCCUGGACCCGGAUAGCACAAGCCGUGCCCAACACAGACCCAGUGCCAGAGGACGGCAAGCCCGUGGACACAUACGCGCCUUCACUAAACUUCCUCACGACUCUAGUCCAGAUCUUCCCUCUCAUCUUCCAGCACAUACGACCGACGUUCACAGGUGCGGACGUAGAAAAGCUCGGCGCAUGUUUGUGUCGCAUAUGCAGCGUGCAGCCCGCGCCGUGCGCGCUGGACUCGCUGCCCGCCGCCGCGUGCGCGCCCGCCAGCCUGCACGCGCUGCACGCCAUCGACACCGUGCAUAACGAAGCGUUAUCCCGGCACGAGUUGCUCCCGGCGCUGUUCUCGGCGCUGACGGCCCUGGCCCGGGCGUGUUCGGGCGCGGCGCGCACGCGCUGCCUGGCGGCCGCCGCGCAGCUGUACCAGGCCGCGCCGCCCGCCUCCGCGCCUGCCGCACCACACUUGCUGCAGGCUCUCCACGCAGCAGUAAAAAAGUCGAUAGCAGACAAGAGAAGACAGACCAUCGACACGCCAGACGACACGCCGCAGAUUUCCACACUAUUAUUACAAGUGUUAGCAACGGGCCUACCGCUAGCGAGGGAACAACCAGACGUAUACGAAGAAUUCUGGGAGACGCUGCCUGGUGUUUUAGAAACUUUCAUGUUUGAAGCGCCCGGCACCGGCACGGACGGGUGCGCGCGGGCACUGGUGGGCGUGAUCCGCGACGAGAUCCUGCGCGGCGCGCCCCGCGUGCCGGCGCGGCACGUGCGCGCCGCGCUCGCGCUGGUCCGCGCCGGCUCGCUGCACACGCAGCCGCCGCCGCCUCAGAACGAAUUGGAGCUCCGUGAGAGAGAAGAGUUCGCGCGCGCGUGUUUCGAGACGCUGCUGCAGUUCUCCAUGCUUGAAGACGUCGCGUUGUCUGGUGUCGAAGACGAGCAAGACCCACUGGCGAUAGCGGCGUUACUCGAUAGGUUUCAAGAAGUCAUAUCAAAAUACUCAAGGGACGAAGACAACAGCGAACCUCUACCUAGGCACCAACUAUCCGAGAUCUCAUUCGUGCUAAAAGCGGUAGCGACGUUAGCGGAGUCAAUGCAGCAAGCGCCGCGGAACAAAGUCGAUCCCCAGGCCUGGCAGAAGCUCAUAGGUUUAUACCCCUCGCUGGUGUCGCUGGCGUGCGGCGGCCGCGCGGCGGCGGCCCGCGGAGCGCUGCGCGAGGCGCUGCAGCAGUUCGGCGCCCUGCUCGCCGCGCCGCUCUAGCGCCGGACUGUCUAUACUAUACACAUCUAG